CGAGGGUUUUGGGUUGGGGAAGAUUGAAGAAGAGCCUUCAGAAACCCUGCUGGAACUACACGCGAGGAGCGAUCAUGGGCGAGCCAGUAAGAGGAACGGUGACUUCUCUCUCAUCAGUUUUCCCGCCGGAGGAAUCGGUGAAAGCCUCCAGGCGAGUACAUGAAGCUAUUUCAGAGAGCCAGAAAGGGCUAGACAAGCUCCAAGGUUUCAUCUCUGACAAUACUAACCUUAUCAACCUAGUGCAGAAACUUCCAGAAGAACUCCAUCAUGAUAUCAUGGUUCCAUUUGGAAAAGCGGCUUUCUUUCCUGGUCGUCUUAUUCACACCAACGAGUUCCUGGUUCUUUUGGGGGAAGGUUAUUAUGCUGAUAGAACAUCCAAACAAACCAUUGACAUUUUGAGGAGGAGGGGGAAGACACUGGAUACUCAAGUUGAUUCCAUUAAGGCUGAAAUGAAGGAUCUUAAGGUUGAAGCAUCAUUUUUUGAAUCUACAGCGGUUGAAGCAGCGGAGGGUCUUGUGGAGAUAAGGGAGGAAUUGGAUGAUAUCCCUGCUGAAACCAUGUCGAAAACAGGCCAGCAGAAUCAAGAAAGUCUCAGUUCGAAAGCUGGUGACAAUAAAGUUGUAGAUGGUGAUGAUGAAUUUGCUCGCAUAAUGUCUAGGAUGGAUGAACUCGAGAAAGAAGAACUUGCUGCAGAGAGUAUGAAUGAGUCCGAAGAAGAAUUUGCUGUAGAGAGUGUGAACGAGUCCGAAGAAGAACUUGUUUCUGAGAGUAUGAAUGGGUCCGAUGAAGAAGAACUUGUUGCUGAGAGUAUGGAUGGGUCUGAUGAAGAAGAACUUGCUGCUGAGAGUAUGAAUGAGUCUGAUGAAGAAGAACAUGCUGAUAAGAUGUUCACAGACGGAUUUCAAAAAAAGGAGCUUGCAACUGAAGAUUUUGUUGUAAAUGAUGAGUAUAAACCCCUAAAAGACCAUAUUUUCUCAUCUGGCCAAAGAAGCACAGUGCAGGGGAUUUUGAAUCAUACCAUGAAGCUGUCAAAGCAUGACAUGACGGGUGAUGAAGAGGGGAGUAAACUCAAAAUCCAACAAAAUUUAUCAGAUGACCUCUGUAAGCCCUUGAGUAAUCAAAUCAUUCCAAACCAUCCAUCCCAAGCAAUCAGAACUAACAAUAUGGAGAAUGUGAAUGUGCAUUCAUCAUUUGAAGAGAGAUCUUCUAGUGGUGGCAAACGAGUAACAUUUGCGGAUUCUGGUGUUACUGAGAGAUCUCCUGCGUCUUCUCAAGUGAAGGACAAUGUUCACUCCAAUUCUGCAUCAAAGACUAUUAUAGGCUCAAUCGUUGAGCACACACACAACUUAAACAUAAAUCAGAGUGGACAAGUGGCACCACCUCCUAAGCUUGAAUCAUCAAAACCAGUGUCCAGAUUCAAAAUGAAUAGAAAGUAGAUCACAGUGGCUUUGGCAGUUCAUUUCAUAUUGAAUCGACAAAAAUGGAAAAUACAAAAAGGAUUUCUCUCCAAGUCUCCCAAAAAGUAACUGUGUGAGAAGGUAAGGUUGAAAGAUUGCUUUUUCUGUUUUUUGACCCUUUUAGAUUCAAUGGAUUAUACAAUUUUGAGAAGAAACACACCAAUCUAUUAAUUGUAAGGGUUCCCCAUUUUCUAUUUAAAUGUAUAUGAAAUUCCAAAUUUUUCUUUUUGUGUGAAGAAAAUAUUCUAUCCUUAAAGAGAACUGCAUGGGUGCCCCAGUUUUUGUUUUUGUUUUUAAAGAAAAGGCUCAUUUUGCU